UCCCUGAACAAGUUCAGCAAAAAGUUAUAAAUUCAAUUCAAUUUCUCUAAUAGGCAUCAUUUGAAGAGACAAGGUUCGUUGGUGCUUCAACCUAUAUGCAUGACCCUAAUGGAGUUUCUUAAUCAAAUCUCACUUGUGUCUUUUAUUGUACUACUUUUAUCAAGUUCUACCACAAUCUUGAACCCUGUAAAUGCCGCUGAAAGUUGUAAUUUCCCUGCCAUCUUUAACUUGGGUGCUUCAAACUCGGAUACUGGUGGCCUUGGUGCUGCCUUUGGAGAACUAAAGUCUCCAAAGUCACCGAAUGGAGAGACUUAUUUUCACAGACCUUCUGGAAGGUUCUCUGAUGGUCGAAUCAUACUUGAUUUUAUAGCUGAAAGUUUUGGACUUCCCCAUGUACAUUCUUAUCUUAAUUCUCUGGGGGCCAACUAUUCACAAGGUGCAAACUUUGCAACAUACUCAUCGACAAUAAGAAUACCGGAAAGUAUAGUACCUAAUGGGAAAUUCAGCCCUUUCUCCCUUGGAGUUCAGGUAGCUCAGUUGAAAGAUUUUAUACCCAACACAAAAUUUAUUAGAAGUCAAGGAGGUAUAUUUGCAACGUUGAUGCCUAAGGAAGAAUAUUUUUCCAAGGCUUUAUACACAUUUGAUAUUGGUCAAAAUGAUCUUACUGCUGGGUUUGUUAGUAAAGGGCUUCCACACCUAGUUCGUGCUUCUGUCCCAGAUAUAGUCAAUACUUUCUCAGCACAUAUCAAGGACAUAUACAAUUUAGGGGCUAGAUCGUUUUGGAUACACAACACAGGACCAAUUGGUUGCUUCCCUUUUAUUUUGACCACCUUUAAAGUUACUCUAAAAGAUAGGUAUGGUUGUUCUAAGCCACAUAAUGAAGUAGCUCAGUAUUUCAAUCAAAAGCUAAAGGAAGCUGUAGUUCAACUUCGUCAGGAGCUUCCUCAAGCUGCAAUCACAUAUGUAGAUGUAUACUCUAUUAAAUAUUCUUUCGUGAGCGAUCCAAAAAAAUAUGGAUUUGAACAACCACUUGUUGCUUGUUGUGGUAAUGGAGGGUUCUACAACUUUAACAACAAGGUUUCAUGUGGAGGGACUAUGGACAACGGUAAUCAUGUGGGCGCAUGUGAAAAACCAUCUACUAGACCGAUAUGGGAUGGGAUUCACUAUACUGAGGCAGCUAAUAAGAUUGUUUUUGAUCAGAUUUCUUCAGGAGCUUUCACGGAUCCGCCAAUUCCCUUGAAUAUGUCAUGUCAAAGAACAAACUCGUCAAUUAGGGAGAACUUGCAUCAUGUGAAACUGAACAAACAAGGAUUUGGACUUUACCACGUGACAUGAUAUAUAAUGUUGUGUUUGUCUCUAUCUUCAUGAAUAUUUCAAAGAUCCUACAUAUAUAUUUAAUAUAUAUGAACAAAGAGACACAAAAACUUCACAUAAUAGCACAUGAAAGAAUUUUCACAUGAUAGAAUCCUUAUGCAACAAACAAUGACGAGUCAUUUGUCAACUUGCAAUUUCCCCAUGUAAUUAUAUUAUGCAUUGUCUUAGUUUUUGUAACGUUAUUUUCCUUUAGAAAACUCUUGCACCAAUAAGCAGUGGGUGCAUGGCUUCUAUGUUACAUAAUCUUAUGA